AUGAGAUCCUCAGUCAAAUUCUUGUACGCGAUUUUUGCAAACAUUCAAAUGGCAACACCAAUGGAAGGGAUUCCAGAUAACGUGGACUCAGGAUCGGUUCCGAAGCCUUCGGUCAUUUACCGUUGCAAGAAAUGCCGAAGAAUUGUUGCCACAGAAGAGUAUAUCAUUCCCCAUAACCGUGGUGAAGGACAAAAGUGUUUCAGAGGGAAAUGGAAAAACGACCCUGAAAUGGAAGCACCGACUGAUUGCUCGUCUAUUUUCGUGGAGCCCAUGAAAUGGAUGCAAACACGUAAAACUUUGUAUUUGACACCCCCAAAAUUCCUUUCACUAUCCUGGAGGAAGGUUACUUGGGAGACAAGCUUCAAUGUUUCGGUUGCAAGACUCGAUUGGGCACGUUCAGUUGGGUGGGCUUGCAGUGCAGUUGUGGGAGGUGGAUUAAUCCCGCAUUUCAGCUUCACAAAAGCCGUUUGGAUGAGUGUCGUGUUUAAGAGGCUAAGAUCUCGAUUCUCGUUUCAUCUCAUUGAUAGUGAGGGCAUUAGGGGUGAUCUGUAAAUGGGUCGACGAGAUUUUUGCCCUUUUGAUAUUUAGCAUUAUGGAAUGAGAAUAUGUGCUUAAGCCUUUGUGAGUUAAUGCUGAUUGUGUGUGUUAAAUGAGGAUGUUCUUUUUAUAGAAAUGUAUUUUCAUGGGAAAUUCUUUUGAUAUGUCUUAGUCAAU